AGGAUGGAAGAUGGAUCUCCGAGUGCUGGCAGCAAGAGGAAAGCGGAGGAGCUGGGACAAAAUGAAUUUCCGUCGCCCGAGCUGAAGAAUGCAUGGAUCUCGUGCCCUCGUCUCGGCCAGCCCAUCGCGCGAGCGCCCUUCCUUCCUUGCAAACCUCCGCUCAAGGGAGCAGCAACGGAGCUGUUGGACGAGGGGGACCGAUUCGAUGGCGGCAUGUUCAUGCAGCGACAGAUUGAAGCCAGCCGAGACGUUGGCAUGGUCAUCUCGCUACUUGACCCUCAGCGCGGAAUUCCCAUCCCACAAGCGCAGGAAUGGGAUGACUGGGACGUCGAGUAUGUCGAGAUCACUCCCAAGAGUGCGCAGCAAGUUGCAGCUGAUGUUCAGAAGUCAGUCUCAGCUUUCUUGAAGAAAAGAUCCAACAGCAUGGUCGCCAUCUUCUGCGAGGAUGGCUGCAACCUUACGGGGUAUGCCAUCUGCGCCUACUUACAUCAGGUCCUCGGGAUGUCGGUAAAGGAUGCACUCGCUGAGUUCGCCAAGUCGCGUCCUCCUGGCAUAUUCCACCACCCGUACAUCCAGGACUUGUGGGAUCGCUUUGCCAAGAAGGAGGAUGGAGCAUGUCCUCAGGUGAAGGAGAAGCCGUCCUGGGCAUCAGAUACGAUCUUUGUGGCUGCACACGGGGAGUUUGCUCUUCCUGUUAUCAAGCCCAUCGCGUCAGACUCCAAGACAGGAGAGGAGCCUCUUCCUGCAGGCUGGUCCAAGCACUGGAGCAAGACUCACAACAAACCCUACUACUUCAAUCGCUCCACCGGCAAGCAGAGCUGGGAGCUUCCCAGCAACGGAGACGUCAAGCCACCAGGCAAGAUAGGAGUCGCACACAUCCUUAUCAAGCACAAAGGCUCUCGGCGCACCUCAUCAUGGAAGGACAAGGAUGGCAGCACGAUAAAGCAGCGCUCGAUUGAAGACGCGAAGCUCAUUCUGCAAGGCAUCCGCGACCUGCUGAUGCAGCAGACUGCCUCGAACCUCCGCAAGAAGUUUCACGAGAUCGCCAAGAAGGAGUCGGACUGCUCUUCUGCUGCCAAGCAUGGAGAUCUCGGUCUGGUGGCCAAGGGAUCCCUUCAGCCUGCCUUUGAAGCUGCUUACAGCACCCUCCAGGUCGGUCAGCUCUCCGACAUCGUCGAGACUGACUCAGGAGUUCAUCUCAUCUUGCGCACUUCGUGA